AUGAAUGAAAUCGAUUGGGAAAAGAUAAAUAGAAUUAAUCCUCAAACUUUAUCGGAGGAAGAUGCACAAGACAUUUACCCAAGUUUGGUGCUAUAUGAGCCCGAUCCCGAUUUAGAUAAAACUUCUGUAACAAACUUCAUUCGUAUAAUUCAAAAAGUUUUAAUGUUAAAAAAUGAACAGGUUGAAUACCUAACCGUUGAAUUAGAUGAGUUGGCCAUUAAGCAAGGAACUGAAGAAGGAAAUAUGUUAAAACGUUAUAAUGAAGAAAUUAUACGUUUGCGGGAGGAAUUAGAGUACAGUAAAAAAUUUGAAGGAAACGAUGGUAAAACAGUAAAUGAUUCUACUGAAGAGUUGAAAAAAGAAAUUAUAAAAUUACAAAUUCAAAAUGAAAACUUAUUAGCUUCACUUAAAGAAAAAGAAAAAUACUCACUGAUAGAGAAAAAAGAAAAUGAAAUGUAUGCUAAUCAAAUAGUCACCCUUGAAAGAGAAAAGCAAGAAUUAUUAAGGGAAUUAAAAACUUUGCAAGAUGAAAAUUCAGAAAAAGAAAAAAUGAUCCUUCUCAGUUCUUCAGAUUUUGGAGAGGAAAUAAUGCAGGACAAGUUAAUGCAAACUAUUAAGCAAAAAAACAAACACAUAAGUCAAUUGCUUGAAGAUAUUGAAGAAAUUGAAAAUGAAAAUUCUUUAUUAAACACAAAACUAAUUAAAAUUAAAGCAGAACUUUCCGAAGCUACUCAGUGCAUGAGUGAAAUUGCAGCUGAAUUGUCAAAAUUCAAGUUGUUAAAUAAAGCUCAUGAAAGUAAAGAAAGCGAACUAAAAAGUAAAAUAAGUAGUCUCACAUUUAGAGUGGAAGAAUUAGUUGAAGAAAAGUCAAAAUAUAAUACACAGUUAGAUGAAUACAUUCUAAUGUUUAAUUCUAAAUUACAAGAAUGGAAAGAAAUUUCUGAUAAUAAGGAUGAGGAAAUUUCUAAACUCAAAAACGAAAAUAAAAAACUAAUUUCAACAAUGCCAUCUGUGACUGCUCCUGUUCUAGAAUCAGAAAAUAAUAGCUCAUCUGAUAGACUACUGCAACAGCAAAAGCAAGUUAAUGAAUUACAGGAAGAGUUACAAAAUGCCACUGCUGAAAUAAAUAGUUUAACUGAGUUUAUUGAAAAACUUAAAACCAAGUCAGCCUUUGUAACUUCUGAUAACAAUACUAGUCAAUGUGUGCCAAAUUUUUAUGAAAGUAAAAUCAAAAUGCUUGAAGAGAAAUUGGUUUUAGCUGAAGCAGAUGCUUGUUCUAAAGCUGAGGAAGUAUCAAAUUUGAUAAUUCAAAUUAGAAAAUAUGAAUUAGGUACCUUUGGUUUGCCUGAAGCAAAUCUUAAAAUCAAUAAGCUAGAAAAAAUAAUAAAAAAAAAAGAAAAGCAAUUAGAAAAAUUAGUAGAUAUCACAAAUAAUUUAGAAAUAAAAUUGAGUACAGUAGAAGAGCAAAAUGUAAUUUUAAGAGAAAAAUGUGGUUUAUCACCUGAAACUGAAGUAGAUACAUCAGGCGUUAGUUUAAGAUUUAAAAAAGAUGAAGAAUUAAUUAAUAGUUUGAAACGUAAACUUCAAAAAAAAGAGGAAGACUUGAUCAAUUUUAAAAUUAAAUAUCGUAAAAUGAUAACGUACUUAAAGUUACUUCGACAGCCAGUUGAAAAUGUCGAAAAUGAAAAAUGUUCAGAACCCGUACCUACUGAAAACUUAAUAGAAAUUAAUAAAAACGUGGAAGCAAAAUCAGAGUUGAUUAUAAAUGAAAAUGAUGCAUUAAGAAAAGGAAUGCGUGAAAUAUUAAAUAGUAUUCGGGAGCGAAAUAGUGAUGGCGAUGUAGAAAUUCAAUCGGAUUGUUUGGAGAGGCUUUUAGAAGCGUUGGAUUCCAGACACAUUAGUGGGUGGUAUCAUCCAGCCAUGCGUCUUAGAGCCCAAUUAAAUACGGAAGAAGGAAAAAAUGAUGAAUUACGAAAUUUAAUUCGGACAAUGAAAGUAGAAGAAAAGAAAAAAACUAGUGAACUCCAAAAUGCUUACCUUAGAAUUUCAGCAUUAGAAAAUACCCUAUCAGUUCCUCAUUUAGAAAAAAACGAUAAUUUAAGUUCUGAAAAGUCUGAUAAAGAAGAUGAAAAAAUAAAUGGGAGUACACAAGAUUUUGUACAAGAACAAAAGUUAAUUGAAGCAGAAUCUAAUUAUUUUGAGCUGAAAAUUAAAUAUAAUUCUUUAGUUGCUGAUUUUGAAAAAAAGGAAAAAGAAUACAUAUCAGAAAUUGACAAAAAUUUAUUUAAAUUAGAUGAACAAAAAACUCAACUGGAGCUACUGAAAAAUCAAGAACAAAACCUUGAUUUGACAACAUUUUCUGAGGUAAAAUCCGAAAAUAUUAUUUUAAAACGAAAAGUUGAAUAUUUAACGACUUUAGAAUCUGAUGUUAGCGAAAGACUUGAAAAGUUUAAACAAGAGUUUUUUGCAAACGAAGAAAAAUUAAUGUUAGAUAUUUUAAAACUGCAAAGUGACAAAUCUAAACUUAUGAAUCAAAUUAAAAAAUUAGAAGAAGAUCGCUUGAAAUCUGUUUCUUUAGAAAAAUUUGUCUCUGUUACCAAUGAAUUAGCAAACGUAAAAGAUAAAUAUUUGAAUGCAAUAAGUAUGCCUUCGAAUGACCAGGAUGUUACCUGUGGCAUCAAUCAUGAAUUAGAAAUAAAUUUUUUGUUGGAAGAAAAAGAAAUGAUUAUGAAAGAACUUGCUGAAUUAAAAGAAAAAUUAUUUCUGGUUGAGGGCUCAUUAAAUCCAGAAAAUAUUAAUAACACUAUAUCUGAAUGGGCCAACACUUUAGCUGCCACUGAAAUGAGAGAAUUAAAUGAAAAGCAAAAAUGUGCUCAAUUAGAAAAAGUGAAUGAUGCAUUAGUGACUCAAUGUAAAGAACUCGAGGAUCAUAACAAACGUUUAACAAAAAAAAUAGAAAUAUUAACGGAUAAUAAUUUGAGACUUGAAGAAUUUGAAAGAGAUUCAAAAGCGAAAUCUUUAAAUUUAGUGUCGGUCGAUGAUCGUAACGUUCUGGAAGAAAAAAUAGGAAACUUGGAAAAAGAAUUGAAUGAUUUGGCAGCGGAAAAAAAAAGUAUACAAGAAUUAUUUGAAAUAUCACAAGGGCAAUGUAGAACUUUUCAAGAAUGGAAAGAUUAUGAUAAAAUUUUAUUAGCGUCACAAAAAGAGGAAAUUUUAAUACUUCAAGCUUCAAGUGAUGAUAAAGCAAUCAUUUCAAAAUUACAUCAUGAUGUUUCCAAAUAUAAAUUAUCAGAGUUAAGUUUGAUUAACAAAAUUAAAGAUCUAGAAAUUAAACUUUCUAAAUUGCUCGCUAACAACCUUAAUUUAGAAAAUAGAAUUUCUCAAAACAAUUCUGAUAAUUUAAAGAAGCAAAAAACGUUUUUGGAAUACGCCCUGAACAUGUAUCAGACUUUUGUGGACAUGAGAAAACAAGGAUAUAUUGUGCCUUUUAAAAGUCUAAAAGAUUUACAUAGUUAUAAGUUAGAUUUAAAAGAAAAAAGAAAAAAUUUAAUAAAAGAAAAAAAUGAUUUGCAUAAAGCAAUUAAAGAAUACUCUCUAAAAAAGAAAGAAAUGGAAACGCAGUUGGAGGGUUUAGGAGAUUUAAAAUUAGUUCUUCAGGGUGAAUCAAAAGAUAUCUUGACUUGUUACAACAAAGGUAUAGAAUUACGACUCAAAGAAGCCAGGUAUAAAAGAGAAAUUGAAUUUUUAAACAAUGAAGUUUCGCAAUUGAAAAAUAACAUAAACGUUUUGAAUGACGUGAUAGUUGAAUUAGAAGAACAAAACAUUGAAAGAGAGCAAGAGUGGAAUGAAAAACAAUUAUUUUGGGAAAAUGCUCAAAUUGAUAUAUUGAAAAUUUUUAGUGGAAAAGAAGUACAAAAAAAUUUAAAAGAAUUUCGCCAUGUUUCAACUAGCACAGAAAAUAUUUUAAAUAAUAAUUUUAAUGGAAUUCCACCUGUGGAAAAUAAACAGGCAACAAAUGAAAAUGAAAUUGAGACAGUGAACAAGGUCGAUGAAAAAGAAGCUUUAAAAGAACCUGAUGGUGUUUCAAUUGUCAAGCCUCAUGAUGACUUUGGAAAUACUUUGAAUAGUUUAAAUGAUUUUCAAACAGAGAAAAAAAUAAUUUAUGAAAAGAAGACUGAAACAUUUGAAAAAGAAGCAUUAAAAAUGACCGUUGAAAGUUUGCAAAGUGUAAUCGAACAAAAAGAAAAUACAAUUCUGCGAUUACAAAAUUUAUUAAAAGAAGGACGAAACGAGUAUGGAAAAUCUUACCAAAAACUGCAGGAAGAAUUAAAAUCGUUAAACCAGUCAUUAAUGGUUCAAAAUAGAGCUUAUAAUAAACUCAAAAAUGCCGUUCAAACCAAUUCUUAUCCUUCUGACAACAUUUCGCAAAUUGUUGAAAAAUACAUGAAAAAAAUACAAGAAUUAGAAGAGGAAUUAAAAGAAUGUCAAUUAAAUUUGUCCAGCGUGAAUUCGCAAGCUUUUACUUACAAAGAAGAAGUAGAAAAAUGGAAGAACAUUGCAACAGAAAGAUUAUUACAAGUUGAAGAUUUCCGACAAAGAUUUGAAGUAUGCAAAACUGAAUCCGAUUAUUGUAAGGAAGAAGUAAAAAAGCAUCAAUUGGAAAUUGAAAAAUUGCUUAAAUAUUCAGAACAACAUAUUCAAAUUGUGGAUGAAGAAAAUGAAAAUCUUCAGAUACAAUUACCAGAAGAAAACAAUGAUUAUUCAGUACAAAAUCAAUGGUGGAGCAUUCCAUUAGAAAAAACGGAAAAAUCCAAAUCUAGUAAAAAUAAUCCCAACGAAAUUGUUUUGUUACAAAAGCAAUUGAAAAGUGCCAGGGAUGAAACAAUUCGAUUAAGGGAACAAAUUAAAUUGCUUCAAUUAAAACCUUUGAAAAAAGUUAAAACCCCGGGUUCGUCCACGACUCGAUCGGAUUCUAAAUCAUCUACAAAAGAAGACAACUUGAUGAGUAAAAUUAAAAGUUUAGAAGAAUCAUUGAUAAUAUUAAAGGAAAGGGAAAAAGAACUUAUGGAAACAAAUGAGAAAAAAAUUAAAUCCGUUGAAGAAGUUGCGAGAUGGAACGAAAGAAAAAAAAAUCAACAUUUAAUUGAAAAUUUGUCGCAAAAAUUAAAAGAAAAAGAAGCGGAAAAAGAAAUGUUGAUUAGAAAAAAUGACAGUUUGAGAACGAUUGUUUACAAAUAUGAAAGAGAUAAAACGAUUUUAGAGUCUCAGUUAAAAAAUUUCAAAGGUACUUCGAAAGAAAUAAAUAUUCAAUUUGAAUCUUUGAAAUUGGAAAAAAAUGCACUUGAAGAAAAAAUAAUUUUUUUGGAAAAAAAAUUAGAAGAACAAAAAAUUGUUGGUUCGAGUUCUCUACGUGAAAAAUUAGAAGAACAAGAAAGGAAAUUGGUUGCUUAUCAAUUGGCUUUCAAGGUAAUUGUACAAUCAUCAUCAAUUGUAUUAUCAUCAUCAUCAUUACUAAGGUCAACCGGCAAUUUUAGAAGAUAUUGA